ACGCCUCGGAUUUGCAAUGCCGAACGCAGCUAUUGAGGCUGCGCAAAAGUUUGCUCAAUGCGCGUGCGCAAAUCUCGCACUCUCCCAUUAUUAGAAACUGCAGCGUCUGCAGCGUCGCUCGUCGCCAUUGCAAGAGAAGAAGAAGACGCGGCCACGCUCGUCGUUUGGUGGUCGUUCAUUCUCGGAGGCGAGGGUUAAGAAAGCGCGUUUUUUUUUCUUUCGGACGAGGGCUCGCCUAGCGAAUUUGUGAUCGGAAUGACACGGCACGCGAGGAAUUGCACCGCGGGUGCGGUGUACACUUAUCACGAGAAGAAGAAGGACGCCGCGGCGUCGGGCUACGGUACCAACACUCAACGGGUGGGCAAGGACUCCGUCAAGGAUUUCGAUUGCUGCUGCCUGACUCUCCAACCCUGCAGGAAUCCGGUGAUAACGCGUGACGGUUAUCUGUUUGACAAAGAAGCGAUAUUGGAGUACAUCCUGACGAAAAAGAGAGAAUACGCGAGGAAAUUGAAGGAAUACGAGAGGCAAAAGCAAAAAGAGGAGGAACAGUCGCAGGAACAGACGGCCAGCGACGAGCUGAAGAAACUGCAAGACUUCCUGAAGGGUGAAAAGACCAUCGUGUCGAGCGGCCCUAGCACGUCGGACGGAGACUCGGUCUCCAACAUGAAGAACGGCAAGGACAAGGUGCUGCCGAGCUUCUGGAUACCCUCCAAGACGCCGGGAGUGAAAGAGGUAGCGCCGCAGAAGCCCGGCAAGACCAUUUAUUGUCCCGUCAGUGGGAUGCCGUUGAAGGUGAAGGAUCUGAUUCCGAUCAAGUUCACGGUGGUUCACGACCCGGACGACAAGAGAUCGCUCAUCGUCAAGCAGGCGCGAUACAUGUGUCCCAUUACGCACGACGUCUUGGGCAACAACGUUCCAUGUGCCGUGAUAAGAACAACCGGCGACGUGGUCACGAUGGAGUGUGUGGAAAAGUUGAUAAAAAAGGAUUGGAUCAACCCGCUGGAUAAUUCCAAGUUAACACCGUCCGAUAUCGUUCCUCUACAAAGGGGUGGCACUGGUUAUGCGUCUGUUAACGACUCGUUGGAGGGCAAGCACGAAAGGCCGGUGUUGCAGGCGUGAAGGAUACUUCUCGUCGCUUUGUUUUGCUGUAUAUAGUUGUUUUUUUCUCUGAAAAGGUAAAAUUUUAGUGUAAAUAUAAUUAAGUAUUGACUAGCGUUUACAUACUUUGUUUAAUGUAUAAAUUUUUAUGUAAUAAAUUUAAACGGGCGUUUUUACACCGUCGUUAGCAUC